AUGGACAUCGUAUUCGGUGGCAGAGGCGACGGUUGCGGGGACCCACGGUGCGAAGCCUGUUCGGGCGGCGGAAUGGGUGGUUUCAUGCCCCCAUUUCCAUUUCCCGGAUUUGGAAUGCCUCCUCCUUUUAUGCCAUGUGGCCAUGGUUGCACUGGUGACUGCCAGAAUCCCGGUGGUGGCUUUCCAGGACCAAUGCCUGGUGGAAUGAACUUCCCGGAGUUCCCACCACCAUCAGGCCCGGGACCAUCCAACUUUCCCGGCUCUGGGGGGCAGAAUUUCCCCGGCCCUUAUCCACAACCGACCGAAUGGCCUGGCGUUGGUCCCGGCAACUUAGGAGGCCCUAGUGGUGGAGGUGGAGUUGCCGUCUCCGAAUCCCCUUAUGUAUAUCCUCUGGGAGCAUCCGGCCAACGCAUAAACUUGCUGAUCGAUACUGGGGCAUCUCUGACAUUAAUUUCUACUGCUGCAUACAACAAACAUUUCCGAGGCAUUCCUGUGAUGGGUGGGCUUCUGGACCAGGUUGCAACCCCAGACAUGGUUCUCACAGACCCGAACCUGGCCACUAUUAUGGCCCCCCUCGUGGCACGUUUUCCCCAAGGCUUUCAAUGGCCCCGCCACGGCGGCCCCCACCAGGUUUCAUGCCCCACGGGUUUGGCCCUCCGCCUCAAAUGCGGCCAUUUCCAGACAGAGUCUUUGAUGACUUCGGCGACGAAAACCGCUAUGAUAGAGAGUUCAGCAAGUUCCAGCGAGGACCUGCUCCUCGUCACAGUUCAGGCCAUGGCCUAGGAGAUUUUGCUGAUAUGUUUUGGGGCUUGAAUCUCGAUCACCAAGGGAGCAGUGGCGGUUCCAAAGGUGGUAAUGGUAGCCAUGGAAUUGAUCGUGACCGGUCGAGGGACUCUGAGACUCCGGUAACAUUUCCUCUGUCGCUGUCUGGCAAAAAGAUCCAUUGCAUAAUUGACACUGGAGCCUCAAUGACACUCAUAAAGCGGUCUUCCCUGCGACGAUAUUUCCCAGGCAUAUCGGUGACACGUGGCGUGGGGAUAACUAUGUCAGGUAUUAGCGGUAAGGGCGAUUCAACGGAUGAGCGAAUAAUGCUUCCCCUCACUUUUAUUGGAGAAAGGGGGGAGCCGAUUCGGGUUCAGGGUGAGGCAUGGAUUGUUGAGGGGAAGCAUUUGGACACGGAUAUUUUGCUGGGCUUGCCAUUCAUGAGGGACAAUGGAAUGCAUCUCCAGUGGGGUAGUGGAGCAGGUCGCCGUUCUGGAGGGGAUCAUGUUGCGUGUAGAGGAUCAAGAAUACCCAUUAGUAUUGAUUCUUAAGCCUAAAGGAGAACGAGU